AUGGAAGCAGUGGGAGGAGCUGGGGGGCACCUGCGGAGCACCUGCGGAGCACCUGCGGAGCACGAGCCAGCGCACCGCAGCACGCUACGAGGUCUCUCUAGCGGUCUCUUUUCGGGCGGCGGGGGCGAGGAAGCGUUCUUCUGCGCAGGCGGCGCGGGUGGUCGUGAGUCGGUCUUCUCGACCUGCGCGGCCAAACCCGUGGCGCCGCCCCACAAGCGCCCCUCGAUGGGGUCGCCACGGGCUGCUGGCAGCCCCGGCGCUGCGCAGCGAACACAGCACUCGGGAUGGGCGGCCCAGCUGACCUGGGCACCCGUCCUGGGCGCAGAGCAGGCACCUGUGGGACCUCUUCAGCGGUCGCAUGCGACCGCUGGCGGGCGCCCGUGGCGGCGAGAGUUUCUCUGCGCAGGCGGCGCGGGCGGUCGUGAGUCGGUUUUCUCGACCUGCGCGGCCAAACCCGCGGCGCCGCCCCACAAGCGCCCCUCGAUGGGGUCGCCGCGGGUUGUUGGCAGCCCCGGACUGCUUUCGGCGUCGAGGGAGGCUCGCUUUAUAAGGCUAGAGCCCCGGGCGUACGGGACUGUCCGAUGCCCUGGAGCGGUGGCGCUCGUUCGUCCACUCAACCAGGAUGCCGGAUGGCGCGGGGGGGGCAUAUCCCCCCUCCGCGCCGCCGUCGGGCUACUGCUUUCGCUUGGCAUUGCGGCCAGGCAGGCAGAAGCAACAGGAGAUACCCUCUCGCCGGGAACGCUGCAUCAGCUGCACCGGCGGGCCGUGGCCUCCUCCUUGGGCGGUUAG